UAUGGGCGGGCUUACGCUGCGACGCACGGUGCUCGAUCGAUAGUAAACCGGACUGUGUGCGCAUCACCAGCUCCAGUCCCAGCAUCUCUCUGCUCCAUCCAACACCCUCCUGCUCCUGCCCAUCAUCUCCAGCCUUUAUAAUGACCUUCAGGCUGUGUCUUAGUUGAAUGGUCGCUGUUUAUCCGCCGUGGCUGCGCUCCUCAUUGUUGCUGCUGUGGAGGGAAUCGGAUACCUGCCCUGCCGCCGCCGCUGCUGCUGCUGCUGCGUCGGCAUCACUGCAGAGUGUUUUGGGGGGUGACAGCGCGUCAUAGCCUACAUUUGGGUGUAUUCUGCCUGUGACAGUGACCAUGGCGAAAACAGUCUCACCGUCCAGUGCAAUAACAGGUGAAAAGAUGGCCCCACCAUCCAUCACUCUACUUCCCGACAAGAGAUCUCCGACAAACGGUCACAGCUCUCCAGUCCGAACUGGAAAAACUACUCCAUCAAACACAGAGAAGAAGCCACACAUGAAUGGACACGCGUCCCCUUCUCACUUAGCGGCUAACAUCAACAACAACCAUGCAGGUAAACAAAUCGUGGAAGGUUAUAUGAAGACGGACGACAGGAUGCGAUUAGCCAAAGAGAGACGUGAGGAGAGGGAGAGAAGCCUGGCGGCCAGGGAGCAGCUGAUCAGGGAGAAAGAGCGCAGGGCUCGGCUGCAGUACGAACGCACAGUGGAGGAGCGCUGGAGGCGGCUGGAGGAGCAUAGGCAGAAAGAGGAGCUCCGCAGAGCUGCAGUGGAGGAGAAGAGGAGGCAGCAGCUCGAGGAGGAGAGGGAGCGGCUGGAGGCCCUGAUGAAACGCUCCCUUGAACGAAGCCUUCAGCUGGAGCAGAGAACCAAACGCUGGAGCAGAGCCUGCCCCACUGGAGCAGGUGACAGUGAGAAUGCCCCACUCCCUUUCUCUGCUGCCUCCGCCUUUUCCCAUGGCAUUGCCUCCCCCCUUCCUGCUGUCAGCGAAUCUGCGCCCUGCAGCCCUCACAGGUCACCUUUCUGCAGCUCGCUGAACCCUGCAGAUCACAACAGAGCUGGACUUCAGGGUGGCUCUCGGUCCACUCCCAAUACCCCCAAGAAAGAGCGUCUGCGCAGAGACAGAAGAACUGCAUCCCCAGGUUGUGGAUCCCCUGCGAGAAGAUCUGAAUCCCCUGCUAGUGUCACCAAGCACUUGGCUUCCCCUACUACCUCCAAAAUUUUUAAGCCAAACAAAUCUUCUGUGUGCAGGCUGGCAUCAAAGAUGCGUGCCCAGUCUCCUAGCAAUGCACAUCAGUACCAUUACUCUCCUACAAGACAUCGUCCAAACCUGUCAAGUGAUGAUUGGAAAGCAGAAGAGAAGAAGGUGGAAAGGCACAGUGAAUCCAAAGAUGAAACUGCAGUGAAAAAUAAUACCGACAACAACAGCAUGAAGACAACCCUACAAGCGGAGAAGAAUGCAGUCAACGUUGAAACCACUCAACCCAAAUCACCUAAAGGGGAAACUUUUGAUAAGCAGCUCAAAGGUGACACAUGUGAAAAAAAUCAGUCCCCUGACAGAAAAGACCACAUGUCUCCCAAAGUGGAAUCCUCAGAGAAGAAGACGCAGAGCAAUGCUCAGGAUACACACAAGAAAAAAGAAUCAGCACCAUGUGCGUCCACAGUGAAGGUGGCAGCUGGCACAACAAAUGCAGAGGAGGCUACCAGGUUGCUGGCAGAGCGUAGGCGUCAGGCUCGAGCUCAGAAAGAACUAGAAGAUAAAAAACGUGAACUAGGGGAACAAGAAAGACUAAGAGAAGAACAGUUGAGGAAGCAACUCGCUCAAGAGCAGCGGCAACAGGAGGCAAAGACUCAACAAGUGAAGGAAAAGGCGAAAAAUGAGGAAGACCCUCAAAGGAUGAAAAAAGAAGACAUACAAGAGAAGGAGGAGGAAGAGAAGGAGCAACAGAUGGACAAUGAGAGAGACAAAGCCAAAGCCCAGGCACAAGAGGAUGCUGAGCGUCAGCGGCAAGACAGAGAAAUGCUGACACAACAAGAAGAGGAGGAGAGGCAACUAAGAAAAAAGAGAAUUGAGGAGAUCAUGAAGAGAACUAGGAAGGGUGAAGCCGACCUGAAGAAGGAGGAAGAGGUGGAGACAAAGCCCGUCUUACCACCAGGUGAAGUAAAGCCUGUUCAGACUAAUGCUCAGGUGAACGAGCAAGCAAUCAAAAAGGUUGAGCUUCAGGUUAAAGAGCAGGUCACAGUCCAGGUCAACAGUGCCCUGGUGAAGAAAGAAGCAGCAGCAGCAGCAGCAACAGCACAGAUGGACAGUCAGAAGAGUCUCCAAGUUAAAAACCACACUCAUCAAGUGACACCAACACACAGUGUUCCUGACAAGAGACCGGAAGCCAAAAAAGGCAGUGAAGAGCACGGCGGCCAGACUCACAAAGAGGGCAAUUCCGGUGUCUUAAAGCAGCAGGGAAGAGAGGUGGAAAUGAAUGUAAACAAGCAGCACAAAGCAAAUGUUAAAGCCACAGACCAAAUAAAUAAACAGCAGACAAAGCAGGCAGCAGAUGCCAAAGUCAACCAAAAGGAGGGCGGUAUGAUGAAUGGAGCAGUGAAGGGUGAGAAAACAGCCUUGAAGAGUAGUCAUCUAACUGCCGAGGCAAGCAAACAACAAAGCCUGCGUGUAUCAACAGCUGAGGGCAAAGCUAAAGGAGGGUCCCAGGUGCAGGUUAUUAGACCCUCUCUGACAACCCUGCCAGUUGCACACCUAUCACCGCCAGUCAUCAAGCUGGAGCCGCUAGAUGUGAAGCGUUCGGGGUCUUGUGACGAGGUGCAGUCCAUGGAGGUCAGCCCGGCUUCAAAGGAGGAACUUAUCUCAAUCCCAGAGUUCUCACCAGUCAACGAAAUCCAGCCCAGCAGUGUGAGCAACACCCGAGCUCUUGAAGAUCUAAUGGACCUGACGGGCAGUGUCACCUACCCCAAACUGUCCUCUGAUGGCAACAUAGGUGACUGCAACAAGAACCUCAUUGAGGGAGUUGUUAGUCCCAUGUCAGACUCAAAGCUCACUGGGGUGUCAACCCCGUCCUCAAAUAAACUUAGCAUUAAGUAGUCCAUUAAUCUCUCUCGCUUGCCUUCUCUCUCUCUCUCUUCCCUCUUUCUGUCACACACUCAUUGGGAGUCACUACAUUUAUGGGAAUAGAGCCAUAGAGAUUGACAAAAAAACAAAAAAAAACAAAUAACAUAGAUUCCUCACUGGGUGCCAGUUCAGUCCCAGUAAUAAAACCCUGCUCAGAGCACCGAUGACUGCAUUUGUACCUCUGCCUUUCCACAUGCCCUCUUAAGCCUUUAAAUCUAAUUCAGUGUGUUGCUGGGAAAGGCAUGACCUAAUUUUUAAUACGUGUCCUUUCUAGGUAAUGUUAUUCAUGCAUGUAUUGGUGACUGAUUUGGCUGGAACGUAAUGGAUUUAUCUGGCAAACUAAAAUCCAGCAAGACUCUCAGGACCACUGCAGUCCUUCACCCUUUCUAACCCAGCAAGGUCUCAUAAUGGGAUUGUUCACAUUUUUAAUUUCAUGGCAAUGAGAUAUGAUUCCCUUUAUUCUAUUUUUUUUAAAUCUUUAACUGGGACUUUCUAACUGCACGUGAGUGAGGAAAAUGAUCCCAAAGCUGUCAACUUGAAUGUUAUUGCACAUUGAAAAAGAAAACACGACAUCAACACAAAUGAUGGUACAUACUUCAUGUUUGUUGCAGACUAAUCGCUAACUUGGACUCUCUUGCAAAUAUCCAGUUAUUGUAUUUAUAAAAGCUUAUUUCAAUAGCAAGGCAUCCAUUUUUCAAUGUUUCCAGUGAUGGAAAUACUGACAGCUGAGCAACCUUCAACUUCUGUAGGUGUGCCUUGCUAUGUAAAGGGUUUCCCAGGCACAGCACUAAUGGAUGCAUUAAUCUAUAGACAUCCAGUAACAUACACACAUUCUAAUCAAUAGAUUUUUGGCUAUUGAUGUGAAACUGAAGUGCACUGGGGCAGGAAUGUUUGCUUAACAAUCAACUCGUAAGUGUGCCCUUUAGCUAUAAAUAUGCUGUUUGCUGUUACAGUUUUUCUCCCUCCAUCAUGUUAUACGUGUGUGGUCCUGUAGGAAUUAUCCAGUGGGCUCCUUACACUUCUUGAGCAAUUCAUAAACUGACUAAUAAUUGCAAUUUUUCAUUUUCUGUGUCAUGUCUAAAUAUAAUUUCAAUAGAGAUGCCUUAAGAGGGACUGAUUUAAUGGAUUUUAGUGUCAGUCUUCUGGCUGUGUAUGUUUAUCCUUUCUGUUCGGCCACUGGGAUCAUUGUGUGUGACCUGUAAUACUUGAACCUCGGUUUAACACACAUUCUCUCCGCCAACAAUCUGCAAACGAUUAUACCAACAGCUUGUACACAUUAGUGGGUCUCUUAUUAAGUGACAUUUAGAGUUUGUGUUCCUCAGACAAUACAUAGCAAGGUGUUUUUAAUUGUCUUAAGUGAAGUAGCCAUAUAUGUAUGUUACAUACAGGUUUUGAAAUUUAGGGUUUGCUGUAUAUUUUGCAUAUUCAAACACUGCUGUUCCACAAUGACUAAAAGGCUGCUUUUUGCAAAAGGGACUGAUUUUAAAUCUAGGAGAAAUUAUAUACAGUAUACAACCACUUCAAAAAGUAUUCAAGUCUGCUCAUAGCCAUAUGUCAAAACAGUCAAUCACUGUCAGCUUAACUCCUUAAGUUAUGUAAUUAAUGUAGACAUUGUGCAUGGUUAGCAUGGUCAUAACAAUGUUAUCUGAAACAAUAAAAUGUAAAACUCUGAA